CUCCCACGUGGGCGAAACACUGACGCGUCGCGUCUUUCGCUGCUCAGCUCAGCCUGCGGUCCCUCUCCCUUGCUCACUCCGUCCACGCUUCCCCUUCCCUCUCUUCCCGAGAUCUUGCACCACUCAAUAUGGGAAACACUCCGUCAGGACUACCCGGUGCGCCGCCUGGCGGCCAGAAGCCAGGCGACCAGAACCAGAAGAACAACCAGGAGCAACAGAAGAAGAAAUGGGAGCCCCCCUUGCCCACCCGUGUUGGCAAGAAGAAGAAGAAACGCGGCCCCGACGCUGCCUCGAAGCUGCCUGCAGUCCACCCGACUACCCGCUGCCGUCUGCGGCUGCUGAAGAUGGAGCGCAUCAAGGACUAUUUGCUCAUGGAGGAGGAGUUCAUCCAGAAUCAGGAACGCCUUAAGCCAGAGGCGGCUCGGGAGGAGAAGAACGAGGAGGACAGGACAAAAGUGGAUGACCUGCGCGGUAGCCCGAUGGCUGUGGGCACACUGGAGGAGAUCAUCGACGACGACCAUGCCAUCAUCAGCACGGCGUCAGGUCCCGAGUACUACGUCUCCAUCAUGAGCUUCGUUGACAAGGACCUCCUUGAGCCCGGCUGCCAGGUGCUGUUGCAUCACAAGAACCAGGCGGUCAUUGGGGUCCUCCAGGAUGACGCGGAUCCUAUGGUUAAUGUCAUGAAGCUGGACAAAGCACCCACGGAGAGUUACGCAGAUAUUGGUGGUCUGGAACAGCAGAUUCAGGAAAUCAAGGAAUCCGUGGAGCUGCCGCUGACACAUCCGGAGUUGUACGAGGAGAUGGGUAUCAAGCCACCCAAGGGUGUCAUCCUCUAUGGUGUGCCUGGUACUGGGAAGACGUUGCUUGCGAAGGCGGUGGCGAACCAGACGUCGGCGACAUUCUUGCGUGUAGUCGGCUCGGAGCUCAUCCAGAAAUACCUCGGUGACGGUCCGAAGCUCGUGCGGGAGAUGUUCCGAGUAGCAGAGGAGCAUGCGCCAAGUAUCGUUUUCAUUGACGAGAUUGAUGCUAUCGGUACCAAGCGGUACGAUUCGACAUCAGGUGGUGAACGAGAGAUUCAACGAACCAUGUUGGAGCUUCUGAACCAGCUGGACGGCUUCGACACUCGAGGAGACGUGAAGGUGAUCAUGGCGACGAAUAAGAUCGAGUCGCUAGACCCUGCGCUCAUUCGACCUGGUCGUAUUGACCGGAAAAUUGAGUUCCCGCUACCUGAUAUCAAGACAAAGCGACACAUCUUCAAGCUGCAUACAUCACGUAUGAGCCUUGGCGACGAUGUCGAUCUUGAGGAGUUCGUCACGGCGAAGGAUGAUCUGUCGGGUGCCGAUAUCAAGGCAGUAUGCACCGAAGCAGGUCUGCUCGCGCUGCGAGAGCGGCGGAUGCGGGUGACGAAGACCGACUUUGCAUCCGCGCGCGAGAAGGUGUUGUACAGGAAGAACGAGGGCACACCGGAGGGCCUCUACCUGUGAUUGUAUCGUAUUACUAUCUUCCGGUUUGUUCUGUUUUGUGUUUCGUAUGGACCUUGCAUGUCGCUGCGGAUGGAUCGAUGAACCUGUUGAGAAACAAGAUUGGCCAUGAGGUAGACACAAGGUAGACGGGCGCGCUUGGUCUCACGUGUCGCCGUCGCGUCUGUGGCAAAUCGCGAGCGUGCGCCUUCGCGUUCUUCACACUGAAAUUUGUGGCUGCUGGCAACUUCGAAACGUUUGCACCCAAUGUACACCGCAUAAAACUUGCUUGGUUGAUGCCAACAACUGCUCGUCCCGUCAUGCGCCCUCAACAAGAGG